AUGACUAAGUUAGUGUUGGAUCCUACAUCAUUACCAGCCUUAUUUCCGGAUGCAUCUAUUCUGAAUGUCUACAGGGUGAGAAUUUUAGCGCAAAUACUUGAGUAUAUCGACGAGGAGUCUCAUUUAGUUAUUACUAAAAUAUGUAACAUUAAGACUCCCGCUAACCAACAAAAUACAGUUUCCUCAACGAACAAUUGUAAGGGAAUUGCUGUAAACAUAGAGGGUCUUACAAAUUCAAUAGGGCCAGAUACAAUAUUUAAAGGUGCAAUUGUCAAUAUAAAUGGAUUUUGGGAUGGUUCGUAUAUCGAAGUAGUACAAUGUUAUCCAGUCAAUAGCCAGACACUAUUACAUUAUGAAAAUAUUGAAACAUUAAUAGAAAUGAAUAAUAUAGAGGGUUUUAAAUAA